AUAGCUCUCAGGACGUUUUAUCUGUGGGCCCUCCAAUCGCGUCAUAAGUCGGCGACUGAGCCUUGGCGGUGGUAGCCGAGGCGGCGAAGGCGGCAGCGGCGGCGACAGCUCUGGGGUUUGCUUCUCGGGGUGUGUCGGCCGCCGCUGCUGCUUGGGCCUGGUAUGUACAAAUGGCUGGUUAGGAUUCUCGGCACCAUUUUCCGUUUCUGUGACCGGCCGGUGCCCCCUGCCCGGGCCCUCCUGAAGAGGCGGCGCUCGAACAGCACUUCGUUUUCUACAGUGGACACUGAUGAAAUACCAGCCAAAAGACCAAGAUUAGAUUAUUUCAUUCACCAAGUGAAAACCAGUCUCUACAAUGCUGCCAGCUUAUUUGGAUUCCCAUUCCAGCUGACCACAAAGCCCAUGGUAACUUCUGCUUGUAAUGGAACACGGAAUGUGGCCCCUUCAGGAGAGGUAUUUUCGAAUUCUUCAUCUUGUGAACUGACAGGUUCUGGAUCCUGGAACAACAUGCUGAAACUGGGUAAUAAAUCUCCUAAUGGAAUAAGUGACUAUCCAAAGAUCAGAGUGACAGUAACCCGAGAUCAGCCUCGCAGAGUCCUGCCUUCCUUUGGUUUUACUUUGAACUCAGAAGGGUAUAGUAGAAGACCCGGUGGCCGUCGCCACAGCAAAGGCCCUUCAGAAAGUUCUUUAACCUGGAAGCCUCAGGAACAGGUUGUAACAGAGAUGAUUUCUGAAGAGGGUGGCAAGGGUCUGAGGCGUCCCCACUGUACUGUGGAGGAGGGUGUUCAGAAAGAGGAAAGGGAGAAAUACCGAAGGUUAUUGGAGCGACUUAAAGAAGGUGGUCAUGGAAACUCUGUUCCUUCUGUAACUUCAACUUAUCACAGCUCUCAAAGAAGUCACAUGGACACAUUAAAGACCAAAGGCUGGGGGGAAGAACAAAGUCACGGAGUCAAAACAACUCAGUUUGUUCCAAAACAAUAUAGAGUUGUUGAAACGAGGGGACCUCUAUGCUCAGUGAGAAGUGAGAAGAGGUGUUGUUCAAAGGGGAAAAUUUCUGAUACAGAGAGGACAGUUGGACUCAGACUUGAAAAUGAAGGUAGGAGGGGACACCAACUGGAACCUGACCUAUCCGAAGAGGUGUCGGCCCGACUCCGCCUGGGCAAUGGGAGCAAUGGCUUACUCAGGAGGAAAAUGUCAAUACUUGAGACAAAAGAAAAACAUUGCUCGGGCAAAGAGAGGGAUAAAAGGAUGGAUGAUCUUCUUGAACUUACAGAGGACAUGGAAAAGGAGAUCAGUAAUGCCCUGGGUCAUGGCCCACAGGAUGAGAUCCUAAGUAGCGCUUUCAAGUUGCGAAUCACUCGAGGAGAUAUACAGACCUUGAAGAACUAUCAUUGGCUCAAUGAUGAAGUCAUUAAUUUUUACAUGAAUCUUCUGGUGGAAAGAAACAAAAAACAAGGGUAUCCAGCACUUCAUGCAUUCAGUACUUUUUUCUAUCCCAAAUUAAAGUCUGGUGGUUACCAAGCAGUGAAAAGAUGGACCAAAGGGGUCAAUCUCUUUGAACAGGAACUUAUUCUGGUGCCUAUUCAUCGGAAGGUACAUUGGAGCCUGGUGGUGAUAGACCUACGAAAAAGGUGUCUCAAAUAUCUGGAUUCUAUGGGACAAAAGGGCCACAGGAUCUGUGAGAUUCUCCUUCAGUAUUUACAGGAUGAAAGUAAGACCAAAAGAAAUAUUGAUCUAAAUCUUUUAGAGUGGACCCACUACAGCAUGAAGCCACAUGAGAUUCCUCAACAGUUAAAUGGGAGUGAUUGUGGAAUGUUUACUUGUAAAUAUGCAGAUUAUAUCUCUAGGGACAAACCUAUCACAUUUACUCAGCACCAGAUGCCUCUCUUCCGGAAGAAGAUGGUGUGGGAAAUCCUUCAUCAGCAGUUGCUGUGAGAAUGCCCCGCCCGGUCCCUCUAGCUGCUGGUGGUUCUUUCACGGAGGACGGAUGUUUCCAUAUACCUCAUGCAUCGUGGGUUCAACAGUCCCCGCAUCGCCCCUGCUGGCUCACAGGUACUGGGCUGUAGGACGCGCACGCAGGCCUCUCCCUGCACCCUGGGCCCGACUUGGUGCGUGGACCCUGUGUGUGAGCCUGUGCCUGCUCAGAGCCCUGGACUAUUCAACCCACACAAGAACAAACGCUAAUUAAUACUUUUUUUUUUUAAGAUUUUUUUUUUCCCUAUGAAUGUGGGAAAUGCAGGAUUUAUUCUAUGAUUUGUUUUUUGUGUGUUUGUUCACGUGUGUUCAUUCGCUCACUCAUUUACAAACAUAAUGGCAGUGGCUGUUUGCUGCUGCUCCACAGUUAACUCUGAAUUACCUGUUUGAACUAUUUAUUUUUGAAAGGAAUGUUAAUCAAGCUCCACUCCCAGCUGAAGAUCAGGAGGGGAAUCAGUGGGGGGAGGAAGGAAGUGUUAAUUAACUUCCCGAAGGCUGGAGCAGAAACUGCCAACUAGAAGCUGGAGCUCUCGUUCUUGAGGCUUGGAAGUGCCGGGGAGGAGAAACCUUCUCCUGGGGUAGGGCUCUCACUGCCUUUCAGAGGACGUCUGACACUACGGCCUUGGCCUGGGGGCGUGGAAAAGUGGACCGGUGGCCUAGGAACUGUGGCGAUCCAGGAGUCUUCAGAAGAGUGGUGGUCAUCCUAAAGAGACUGCUCUUUCUGGGAAUGAGCUGACUUGGCUACUCUUGAAACUGGAUUUGAAGUAACUAUAAACCCUAAAGCUUAAUUUUCAUCCCAGAUCUGGUUGAGUAUAAACCUCAGAAUUGUAAGGGCUGGCCUGGGCUGUUUAUUUCAAGAGAUACUAUUCAAUGUAAAAGCUAUUUUUCCUCAAAGUUUGUUUUUUUUUCUAUAUAUAUAAAGCCGAAAUUAAGUUUUGUACUCAUUAGGAUUUACAUCCCCCCCCAUUCCACCCCCACGGAAAUUUGGAAGAAAAUUUAGUACUUGGCUGUGAGGCUGCCAGUUAUACAAUAAUCUAUUUUGCAUAUGAAAGUUUGUAUUUAACUUUUUUGUUCCUUAAAAACUUUACAGUGGUUACGCAUUUUUAAUUUCAGAAAGUUUAGAGUUGGUCAGAACAUAUUUUGCAAGAUCUAGUGCCUAGUGUUGCUUUUUCCGAUGUAAUAAAGGUUGUCUGGCAGAACCUGAAAAGGGUAUGCUGAGAUGAUUUCUAACCCUUCCCUUACUUAAACCUCCCACACUUGCCCUGGUGCACAAAAGCAAGGGGGUGUAAAACCAGGAAUAUUGGCCACGUGUUCGCGAAUCCGCGUGUCUGUCAUCCGGAGGGCGCGGCCGCUGGUGGCGGAGGCAGGGUCCGGUUUCCCUUGAGGGGAAGUCUUGGUAUGGGACCUGGGGCUGCACUGAACUUGAUGUGCCUAUUUGACAGGCACACCAGAGGCCGUGUGCUCGAUGGUGAUGAAAAGAGUGAGCUGCUCGUGCCUCAAGCUUAGGCUGUACAGAGCCCUUUCCUGAGGCUGCUGGAGCUGUACCGGUGAGUCUUGGGAUCAGGCGGCUGACACAGCCAAAAAGCCGAGAGAUUGACUGGGUCAGCCUUAUACUAAAAACCUGGUGCCCGCUCGGCUGUCUUAGGUUUCACCUGAGAAUUGAGCACUUUUGUUAAGAUCCGUUCUGUGUUGGGUACAUCCUGUGAGGAGUGGCGGUUUGUAUUCUGUCCCGGUGAGUGACGCAGUCGUGUUACACGAGUAUCCCAGGGGCUUCUUCAAGCAGCUUUCACUGAGCUUUCCACUGAUGUGUACUCUUCAGGAUGGCUCUUAAUAAUCUCCCAGGACAUCAUGAGAUCAGUAAGAGCGGAGCGUUAAGCUAGAGAAUAGCAUUCUAGUUUACCCUGAGUUCCUGGAUUUAAUAGGAGAUCCCACAGGCCGUGCUUCUCUAGGCACUGACCUGUCUCUCUUGGUGCAGAGAAACUUGUUGGUAAUAGAAUUUUUAUAUCUAGACAGCUUAUGAGAAAAGCAGUCAGGUGAUAAAAUCAACAGCUGAUCUUAGCGGUAGCAAAUAACAUAAAGCCAGAGAGAUGUAUAUUUUUUUUAACUGCAGUAGUUUGGGGAUCUGAAAAAAAGGUAGAGUGGACCACCGUUCGUUUUUGGUAGGCAGUCUCUCCUAAAGAUUCAUAAAGAUGGGAAAAACACACACAAAAACCAUUGGUAAGCGUCUUUCAUGUUUGAGCUUAUACCAGAGCUGGGAUGUGGUGGGAGGGACACGGAGCUGGGGCAUUUGGAAGAUGUUCUGGAGACCCCCAUAGUCUACCUCAGUUGCCUAAGACUGUCAGAACUUCUGAUCCUUUCCUCUCCUGAAAUCCUAAGCACAACUUGGGGAGUGCACGUCGAGUGGUGGAUGUUUGCUGCACUGUAAGGAGUUGCUGGGUGCUGGGACCGUGGUGUGGGUGUAAGAGAAUGUGUCCUUAGAGAUCUAUUGAACCUCAGAUACAAAUAAAUAAGAUCAAUUUAAGUCUGUGAUAACCUUAGUACUAUAGUUAAGCUACAUAGUUUAAAUUGGCUUUUGUGAACUAAUUGGAAACCUGAUCUCUAGUUACUUUGAGGAAAAACUCUAAGCACCUAAUAUUCAAACACACUUUUGGUACUUGUUUGUAAGUCUGGGAUCUAGCUGGCUAUACUGCUUUGAUAACUUCUUUUUCUUUUAAUUCACCUAACAUAUACAAGGAAAUGUUUGGGUGUAUUGAAAUAGGUAUUGAUUUUAUCUAUUUACCAAUAGAUGAACAAGUAUUUUAUCAAAUCAGUAGGUGUUGAUUUUAACUUAUUUACCAAUAAAUUCAUGUCUUUAA